AUUGCAUCGCAGCGGAAAAGGAUCGCGUCGCGAAGACCGUGCCCGAAUCCUUGCUCCUCUCAGUCACCACUCCCGUCCUCCUUUUCCUCUCUCUCGGCUCCCUCUCACUAACUCAUCGCGCGCGACGCGACAGAAAGAGGUUCCGGAAGCCGGCAACUCGUCUCGCGCGGAGGGAAGCUGCAGGGGGCGGCCAAGAAGCAGGCAAUGGCGCCACGCCCGCGCAGGCCGUGACCGGGACACGGGAAGAAGGGGGCGGUUUGCCAUGGUGCGCGGGCCGGCGAUGGCUCCGGCGGCUUGGCCGGGGCUGGGGGAGGUGGCGGGUUCGGCUGCUGCUGCUGCGGCGGCGGCGGAGGAGAUGCGGUGGCGUCAGCUGGACAGCGGCGUGAGCGCGAUGUCGUUCGGGUUCGUGGCCACCGCCAUCCUCGUCUCCAUGUUCCUCGCCAUGGCCAUCCUCGAACACUUCCUCCGCCCCCCGGCCCGCGCGCCCGGGCCGCCCAUGGGUAUCCUCCGCCGCCUCCGCCUCCUCCUAGGCCGCGGCGCAGGCGGAGUGCCCGGGGCCGCCCCCGGCGCGGAUCUCGAGGCGGCGAGGAAGCUCGACACCCGCGCGCCCCUCGAGAUUCCUGUUUACGCCGAAGAUGUCUCAGUUCUGAUGCCAGGGCAAGAUGUACCAACAUUCAUCGCGCAUCCUGCCCCAGCACCCUGCCCCCCAGAGAGGAUCCGAUGGCCAUCACACCAGCCUCCUCCUUUCACCGGUUCCUCAUCAAACCCUAGCUAGCAUUGCGGCACUACAUGCUGGCUCACUAUUCACGUCGACGGCGUAGACUGUCGUCAGUGUCACUGCAGCCUGUAGAGGAGCCCUUGUGUUCUCUGUGGAUGCAUCACCAUUCCGGUUGAUGCUUGAUGUCAGGAGCAGAACAGUUAAGACACGCUCUCUCUCCAUAUCUGUACAGGUUUAGAUCUUGUUCUGAAGCUAGCUUUGCUGCCCCCCUGCUGUACUGUGGCGGGAGAGCGGCGGAUGGUGGAUCAGUGGAGUUGUUGCUGAUCCUGCUUGCUGUGUUAGCUGCCGUUGUUCUUUGUUGGUUGAUCUUAGUACUUGGAUGUUAGAUACCUGAUGGACACACAUGUUGUGUAAACUCGGUUGGCGAAUGUGAAUCUCUAGGUGUUUAAUUU